GGCAGGUUCUUCCUCCACAGGUCGAUGACCUCUGACCCCGGAAGUAGUUCCUCUCGGCACCAAACAAGAGGAUGUUCUGUUAGCCAGCCUGCUAGCUUGCUGCUGACGAAGUGGUGAAGUUGCAGUAUUAUUGUGGACAGGUGACGCUCGAAGAAGAGAUGCAGGGUGUCGGAUUUGAACCUUCACGUGUCUGAAAUCUUUAAAUGUGAAGCUCGAGCCGGAUAUUCCUGCAGCUAGCCUGUUAGCUCAGUUAAGCUAACGUUGUCGAGGCCGUGUGUGUUAACGUGUUGGACAGAGAGCCGAGCUGCAGAGAGGAAGGAGGUCAUUAAUUCAACAGCUGUCUUUAACCAGCAGGGCAUGUUAUCAACCCGAACCAGCACGAAGAGAAGUCUGUUCUGAGCUCAGCUGGAGUCGGGUUUGAUGGUUUAGCUUAGCAGCAGGUUAGCCUCAUAGAACAGUCAUGGAUGAUUUCAGCUCCAUCAGUCUGCUCUCUCUGGCGAUGCUGGUGGGAUGUUAUGUGGCUGGGACGAUUCCUUUAGCAGUCAACUUCUCAGAGGAGAAGCUGAAGCUGAUCACGGUGCUGGGAGCCGGGCUGCUGUGUGGUACUGCGCUGGCCGUCAUCAUUCCUGAGGGGGUCCACGCACUUUAUGAAGAAAUACUUGAAGGUGGACACCACCCUCAAGGCCAGGUUGGAGUCUUAGUAGCAUCUGAAGCGAAAGUGGAAGGUGAAGCCGCCCUGAGUGCCGGAGCCGAGCACGAGCACAGUCACGAGCAGCUCCACGCCUGCAUCGGGGUCUCCCUGGUCCUGGGCUUCGUCUUCAUGCUGCUGGUGGACCAGAUCGGCAGCUCCCACGUUCACAGCACCGAGGAUCCAGAGUCAGCCAGGACCACCUCCUCUAAAAUCACCACCACUCUGGGUCUUGUGGUCCAUGCUGCAGCGGACGGUGUGGCGUUAGGAGCCGCUGCCUCCACCUCUCAGACCAGCGUUCAGCUCAUUGUCUUCGUAGCCAUCAUGCUGCACAAGGCUCCAGCAGCGUUCGGCCUCGUGUCGUUCCUGAUGCACGCCGGUCUCGAGAGAAACCGCAUCCGUAAACAUCUCCUGGUCUUCGCCUUGGCUGCACCCGUCCUCGCUAUGCUCACCUUCUUAGGCCUCAGUCAGAGCAGUAAGGAGGCUCUCUCAGACAUCAACGCCACCGGUGUGGCCAUGCUCUUCUCCGCCGGCACCUUCCUCUACGUCGCCACAGUCCACGUCCUCCCCGAGGUGGGCGGCGGCGGCCACAGCCACGCUCCCUCAGGAGGGAACGGAGGAAAAGGACUGAGCAAGCUGGAGGUGGGAGCUCUGGUUCUGGGUUGCCUCAUUCCUCUGGUGCUGUCUGUCGGUCACCACCAUUAAAGCCCGGCUCAGGACGGAUGUAGGACGGUGUACAGGGAGAACAAAGAAAGACUUCAAACAUCGGGGGGGGCGGAUCUAAAUGUCUUAUUGUUGGUGUCCUGGACCUCGUGGACCAGACUGCUGCUCGUUUCAGGACGUGUUGGGACUCAAAGGGACCUGAAAACAGAGAAUGGUGUUUAAUCUGAAGAGGAAGCAUCUCUUCAGCUGCUGUUUGAGUCCACUCAUCCCAUCAGAAACCAGUUCAAGAACCAGGAUGUGAUCGCUCUGUUCAUUUACAUCACCGUGGAGUUUCAGUGUCGCUUCAUCCUGCUCGUUUGAGAUCCAAGAACCGACCCUGAUCUCACCACAUGUGGAACCAGAUGAUAGUUGCACAGCUGAGAUUUAGAGCGUGUUGAGUCAAGCUUUUUUUUUUGACUAAUAUUAAAGCGGUUAAGAGUCUUAGGGACAGUCCAAACUGAUCGUCAAAGUGCCAUAUUAGUAAGAAGAGAGGGGGACCUGAAGAGCAGGCGUCACAGUUUGAAGGAAACGCUCCUGAUUUAAUUUCAUUCCCAACAAAUCCUCUUUUUUCUUUUUGCACAGCGGGCUCAGAGAUCAGCUCAGACUUUUCCUUUUCCUGACAGAAGUCGACGAGCAGUUUGAGUCCUGAGAGAAAGAAAACAUCAUGAAGUUAAACGCUCACACGAUCAUGUAGCCUCCGUCAGGAAAAGACGCACCUUGAUGUAUCGUAACGUCCGUUUAAUCGCUGCUUUCCUGUCCUGUUUCUCCUGCAGAGUCGUUCGUAUAAAUACAAGUUGUGCGGUGUAGAGUUGUUAGAGUGUUAUAAGCUUCUAGAGGUGGAGGGUAGCUCAGCUGGUUUCCCCACAGACGGCAUUAAAUGAAUCGUAACGUUUAGGGACCAUCAGUAAAUUCUCAAUCUUUUAUUUUGUUCCUCCCUCUUCUGAAGAAUCAUCCCUGAGCAAUAAUCACACGCAUGAGUCGCUCUUGAACGCAGCCUUCGUCUCAGCGUCACUACAGCAGCAGCAGGUGGACGAGUCAGAGCGAUCAGGCUUCUGUGGAUCUCCUGUGUCACGCCUCCCUGCAGGGCUCACCUGUGUGUAAAUGUCUGUACAGAGUAACUGCUUCCUUUCACAAUCAUCAUGACCUCUUGGUGUGCGACAGAACUGCUGACUCACACUUUCAUUUUUUAUCUUUCUGGACUGGAUCUUUGAAGCUGUCUGAGGAGUCGUCUCUGUUUUAUGUGUACAUUAAAACUUUUACUGGACUUGUUGAUGAUUCCAGGUCACAGGAUGAGGAGAGGAGGGCGGGUCACAUGCAGGCCGGCUUCUGCCUCACGGUUUCUUCUUCUGUUUUUUUUUUAAAGGGACGCUCUUAUGUUUGUACAAACUCUUCACUUUGUUGCUUUACAUUCUGGCAUGUCGGGCCUGUUACGUGCUUUAUCUAAACCCCUGCUGAGGCUCGACGUCUCCGUCUCUCCCUCACUGAACACCUUUGAAAUGAUUCAGGGUCCACGUGUUGAUGUGCCGCAGGCUGUAGCUCACUUUUUAUUUCAUUUAUCUGCAGAUUGUUUUAUCUCUGAAUAUCUGACAUCUGAAGAACGAGUCCAGGUGGAAGUCUUAAAUCUUCAGAAGUCCAAAAGAAAAGGAGACAAGAAAACAACAUUUAAUUCUGCAGAAGAGGCAGAAGUCUCUCUAUUUCUUCUCUUUCUUAAACAUUGUUAGAGUGAUAAAUUAAAGCUCCUGUGGGGAGUUUUUAGCCCGUUGUGAAACAGACUGAAAUAAACAGUGAGGAGUCUUUAUGAGCUACAAAAACAAACAAAACCAUCAACAACAAGACUCACUGUUCUGGAUUUGAUUUUUGAUGCCUGAAACCGCUGAGAGGGGGUCGAUGUCAGAGGAUCACGCUGAAGACUCACUGUUUUCACUUUUUGGGGUUUACAUCAAGAGAUUAGAGUCAGACUUUGUCCACGAGGGGGUGCCAAAAUCCACACAAACUCAAAGCCCCUCACUGGAGCUUUAAACAGAACGACUGCAGAUGAGUUGUCUUGCAUUGCAGCGUUCGUAAAGUUGAUCAAACCACGUUUACUUUGGAAUUCAUCGGCCUAAACCAGAGUCCAUCAUCCUGAGUAAGAAGCUGAUCACAAAGCUACUUUUCCUGAGAGUUCAAACGUCCAGAACUUCAUUCAUAUAAAGUACGUCAUGUAGUCCUGCAAGAUUUAUAAACAUGUCGAAGCUUUGCAGUAAAAACAAACGUGUGUGAGAGAGACAGAGAGAGAGAGAGAGACUGGUCUGUUACAGCUCAGUUUAAGAAUCCUGCUCAGUGAAAACCACGUGUCUGCAAACCUCUUCACUUCUCUUUUCUUUAGGGGUUAAAAAAGUUCAAAUUCUCCUCACAGGAACGGUUCUACUUUUCUGUAAGUCCACCUUAAUACAACAACAACACGAGUUCUCCUCUGUCCAAUACUUCUAGUCUUUAUCCUUUAAAAGUUGGACAUGGCUAGUUUUUCUUUUUUUAGUUUAAAGUUCUCUUCUGCUGUUUUCUUUGCCUUUAAAACCUGAAACCCUUUGAAUAUUCCCUCCUGAUCCGUCUAACUUGGACAGCUGACACCUCUGAACGCUCUCUGAAAACCUUUAAAUGCAUCAGCAUAUCAAAAAUGUUAUGGGUUAAAUUACAGGUUGAUAUAUAUUCAUGCACGGAGUGGACAAACAGUUUAAAACAAAGUACGGUCUGUUUCCUGCUGCUCCUGAAAGACUUGUAGAUUCGUGGUUUUCACAGGACAGUUACAGAAACAUAUACGGUUAAUUUACGACAGAUUAACAGAAUAAAUGUUCAAAAGUAAAGCUCCUGUAAGGAAUGUUCAGUUUUCAACUUUGGCGCCCUCCUGUGGACAAAACAACACCUUACAUCUCUCCUCUGAUUUUAAUCUUCACAUUUGAAGAAGCUGUUUUUUGGGUAUAAAUUUCCUCCUUGGUUCUUCUAACAGUCAGAUGUCUCACUCAGCAGAUUCAGUUUGGUUUUCGUUAGAUCACAGAGACGACAGGUUGAAGUUCAGUCUGUUUGAUACAGAGUUAAAAACUCCUCACAGGAGCUUUAAGUUCAGUUUAAACACGUCUAAGUUAUUUUAUUUGUAUUGAAGGUUAGGAUUUAUCUCUUUGCAUCAUUAUCACUCUAAAUACUGACGUCUGAUUGGCCGACAGGAGCCGCCUCUCAAAGUAAAACAUCGUAAACCUGCUGAGUCUAAACUUUAAUCUGAGCAUGUCCUCUCGUUGUUCCUCACAGGUCACGAUGAAGUCCUCGAUGUUAGUUUGAUCUUUUUUAAUGCAAUAACUUCUCUAACAUUCAGUCCCACCUAACAGACCUGAUCCAGUUCAGACUCUGUGAAUCCAGGCGUCCUCAGAGAGAGGGACGUCUGCUCGUGUUGAGGCUGUGUAGAGACGGAGGUUUGAGGAGUCCUGUCGUGGUCGUCGUCGGGUCGAUGUGUUUGACUUUUGUUUUCUGUCAUUCCGAUUGAGUCUGCCUUAUUUCCAAACUUCUGAUUGUGAAGAGCAGUUGUGAAGCGACGUGUUUUAUGAUGACUAAAUUAAAGUUUUUUAACUGGUGAA